ACCAAUGCAAAAGCAACCCUGCUUCGAUUAGACAACCGGAAACUCACAAAAUAUUAGUUCUUUCCUUUUCCCUAUUGGUAGGGUAAAUACAUGUUGGUGAUUUGAUUUUAUAAAAAAAUACCAAUAUGCCACGUGAAAUCAAAGAAGUAAAAGACUUCCUGAACAAGGCCCGUCGCUCCGAUGCGCGUGCUGUGAAAAUAAAGAAGAACCCAUCGAACACCAAGUUCAAGAUUCGUUGCUCCCGCUUCCUUUACACGCUCGUGGUGCAAGAUAAGGAGAAGGCCGACAAAAUUAAGCAGUCCCUGCCACCAGGUCUGCAAGUGAAGGAAGUCAAGUAAACCAGCAGAAAUUUAUACUUCAAACUUGUAUUUCGAUGAAUAUUCUUCGAGGAAUAAAACAUGGAAAAGUAGCAGUUUAAAACAUAA